ACAUUUUACUGAGGAUUAAGAAAUUUGUUUGUUUUGGUAAUGAAGAGCCCAACCAACAACACAACGCACUACUUCGAACUCUCCGCUUGGUCUCUGCUUCUUACCUCUUUGUAUCUCGUUAUUCUCGCCCCUAAUUUUGUAUGCUGGUUUUAUAUUCUUCUGAUCUUGUAUUUCCAAAACUCGUUUCACCCUGUCUCUUCUUCAACAAUGGCAUGCUCAACUCUUGCUAAUUCAUUAAUUCUUUCUUCUUCUUCUUCUUCUUCUUCUUCUGCUGCUGCUCAUAGUUCUCGACCAACUGGUAAUGCCUUUGCUCCAUCUCGAAUUUCAUUUCCCAAUUCUAGAUCUCAUUUCGUUUAUACCCAGUUGAAGGACAAGAAGAAUUUGAGCUAUGUCACUACCUAUUCCUCUCUUGAUGCUGCUGCUGCAAAAGAUCCGAAAGAAGAAGAAAUUCCUAUUGAGCUAAAAUAUCCAGCUUAUCCUACUGUCAUGGACAUUAACCAGAUUCGUGAGAUUUUGCCUCACCGGUUUCCCUUUCUCCUUGUCGAUAGAGUGAUUGAGUACACUCCAGGAGUUUCAGCUGUUGCUAUUAAGAAUGUCACUAUAAAUGACAAUUUCUUUCCUGGUCACUUUCCCGAGAGACCAAUCAUGCCUGGUGUUCUCAUGGUUGAGGCAAUGGCACAAGUUGGUGGCUUGGUCAUGCUGCAACCAGAAGUUGGAGGCUCUCGUGACAAUUUCUUCUUUGCUGGAAUUGAUAAGGUGAGAUUUAGGAAACCAGUAAUUGCUGGAGAUACCUUGGUUAUGAGGAUGACACUUAUAAAGCUACAGAAACGCUUUGGAAUAGCAAAGAUGGAAGGAAAGGCUUAUGUUGGAGGUGAUGUAGUUUGUGAGGGUGAGUUUUUGAUGGCUAUGGGCAGUGAAUAAUAUACUAGUUUUAGAAUUUCUUGCAAUAACUUGUUACUGCUAUCCUAUGCCUUUUUUGUUUUUUUUUGUUAUUGUUUUCAAAAAGGGACAAAGGUGAAUGUAGAGGACUGGUCUUCCUUCAAUUUGAUACUCGUGAUUCUGAUGUUAAACUUAUGGGCAAAACUUGCAUAUUAAUCUAUUUUCCUUCAUUUGUUGGUUGGCGAACAUAAA